CGAUGUGCAGAAAAGCAAAGGGUAGUGUGAGCUAAGCGCUGGCUGGUAGACACUUCCACGAGGCUAACAAUGACACUGGACUGGUCUGCUGGAUAGCUUGCUGUCAGAAAAAUGUCACAAUGUGGAAUGGAGCAAAGGUCAACAUUUUCUCCUACAUGCCAAUGGCAGCAUGUAGCAUUUUAACUACAUAGUCCUCACCCUGCUAAACUCAUUCACACCAUCUCAGUAUCCUCUGGCAUGGAGAGGGAGUCGGACUGAAACCGAAAACAGUUGGAUUUUUACAUUAUUUUGUUUCCCUACUUUUAAGCAGGGCGUCGGCAGCUUUUCAAGCCAAAAGAAAUCCUCACAUGGUGAUUUGACACAGUAGAAAAAAAGUUGGACUCUGCAUCACAGAGUGGACCCGCUGACACAAUGGUAGCAGAGAACACAGCAGGAAGUGGGGACCGAUCAGAGGAGGAGAAGGAGAUAGACCAGAAGGCGGCCGCAUCUGAAGACAUCAUAGGACAUGAAGAUGGAGACGUAGAGAUGGUUGUGUCUGCUCCAAAGGGCCCGUCUCCUUCCGAAGGUCCCCCAGGGGAAGUCGUGGAGACGAGAAAGUGGAAGGGGGCCGUAACAUUCUUGUGUUUCUACGGGUUUAUGUCAGCGGUAAAGCCCGGUGAGCCCUUCAUCACACCAAAUCUACUCAGCCCUGAGAAGAACUUUACCAUGGAACAGGUGACCAAUGAGAUCACUCCGGUGCUGACGUACUCCUACAUGGCGGUGCUGGUGCCGGCCUUCCUGCUGACGGAUCUUCUGCGCUACAAGCCGGUCCUGAUCAUGCAGGGCGUGAGCCAGGUGGUCAUCUGGCUCCUCCUGCUGCUGGGCAGCAGCCUCCUGGAGAUGCAGUUCAUGGAGGUCUUCUACGGCAUCACCAUGGCCUGCCGCCUGGCCUACUCCUCCUACAUCUUCUCCCUGGUCAGUCCGGUCCUCUACCAGCGUGUGGCCGGGUACUCGCGCUCCGCGGUCCUCUUGGGGGUGUUCACCAGCUCGGUACUGGGCCAGCUGUGCGUUACCGUUGGCGGGGUCUCCUUCUACACCCUCAGCGCUGUUUCUUUGGGUUUCGUCAGCUUCGGUCUGACGCUCUCCAUGUGCCUGCCCUGGCCCAAACGCUCCCUGUUUUUCAACCGGAUGCGGAUUCGGGAGCAAAGGGAAGCGGCAGCGGUAACAGCAAAAUCAGAACUGGACAAAAUGAACCCCAAAGAGGGUGGCUCGUCCUCUGCAGCCCCCCUGUGCUCAGCGUCGCGCUGGAGGGAUUCUGUCUUUUUGCAGAUGCUGCUGGAGGUGAGAAAUGUGGCGAGGAUGCCCAACCUGAGGCUCUGGUCCCUGUGGUGGGUGUUCAACUCCACAGGGUACUACCUGGUGCUGUUCUACGUUCACAUCUUGUGGAACAAAUUCUACCUGGCAACUGAGAAUAAGAGCGUUUACAACGGGGGAGUGGAGGCGGCUUCUACCCUGCUGAGUGCGCUGACGUCCUUCAUCGCCGGCUACGUGAAAAUUCGGUGGAACGUCUGGUCCGAGCUGGUCAUAGGUGUCAUCACAGCACUGCAGGCGGGUCUGCUGCUCCUCAUGGGGAUCACGGACGACAUUUGGGUCUGCUACCUGGCCUACGUCCUCUUCAGAGGCUUCUACCAGUUCCUGGUGCCGAUAGCCACUUUCCAGAUAGCUUCGUCACUCACCAAGGAGCUGUGCGCCUUAGUGUUUGGCAUCAACACCUUUUUGGGGACCUUACUGAAGAGCAUCAUCAUCCUGAUAUUUGCUGACAAGAGAGGCCUGGCGUUGGACGUGCGUUCUCAGUUCCUGGUGUACUUCGUUUACUUCACCAUCCUCACUGUCAUCUACCUCGUCUGUGCUGCUGUGGUCAUCGUCCGUCACUAUAGAAACCAGCGUGGGGGAGGAGGAGGCGGGGACAACGAACAGGUGGGGUCCACAGAGCUCAGCCCCGUGGCUGUAGAAUCGGAGGCAGAGCCUCUGUCUAACGGCAACAGUGCCAAAGCGUAAUGACUGAUCAUAUCGUAUCUAGAGCCCAGUUUUUGCUAAUGAGCUCUUCAGACUCAGCGGGAUCAAUCAAUUUAACCCUUUGAUGUUGAUGAACUGGUUUAUAUGUUGGCUAGCUGAGCCUCAAUCAUAAAAGUGCCUCUUCUAUUACUUAAAGCUGCUGCACUACGCCAGUCAGACCGACACUUUGGGACAGUUUUGUAUUCGUUUUUGAUGAUCAGAUGUGAAAAGAUUGAAACUGAAUAAAAAGCGGUACUAUGCUUUCAUUAACAGAGAGAGGGACUGUUCAUGAAAUGGCCAGAAUGUAACGCCUUUUAGUAUUUUGUACAGGAAACAAACCAGUUGUAACAUCCUGAACUGUUUCAGUGGCGGUGAUUCAGUUUCAUGAUUACUAUGUGCUCACUAUGUGUUACUCUAAAACAGCCCAUCUUAGACAUCACGCUAUUUGUUUUUAUUCACACUCCUAAUGUAAUGUUACAGUGCGAUGAUUAUUUGUUAGUGCCAUUUUGAAAAGCGACUGUCCAUAUCAGUAUAUAACGGUACAGUUUUUCUAUUCUGUAUUGAUAAUUCAAUUUCACAUCACAUUCUUAUAAUCAGAUUAAGAAGUUAAUCAGUUUAUUGAAGCUGGAAACUGCAGUUUGUAUGCAGUGUGUUAGAUUAUGUGAUUCUUUUUUUUUUUUUUUUUUUUUUAAUGAUUUAAUUGUUGCUGAAAUUAUCUUAAAUGUAGAAGCUGCAGCAUCAGAAUAUUUUAAACUAUCUGCAGAUUGUGUGCUUAUUUGACAAUAAGUCCUAAUUCCCAUCACUGAGUUUUGGUUAUUAAACAUGUGAUAUUUCUCUUUAGUGUUGAUUUUCAGCAGUAUGUCGGGUGAAGAUGCUGCCAAACAGGAUAAAAAACAAAACACCAGUCAAAAGUAUUGCUGCUAAUUCAAUUUUUCUCUAUUUUUGACUAUUUAUCAGUUCAAAACGAGGACGACUAGAGGCACGCCCUCGUGUUUCUAAUAGGGAUCUUUAAAUAAAUAAACAUAGGAAUGCAGUGUUACUUAAUGCAAACGGAACUAAAGUGCAAACAUUAAGUCAUUUUUUAAAAAAUCAGCAGGUUUGGCUGUUUUUUUUUUUUACAAUAGAUGCUGUAGUGACUGCGUUUUGAGUUUUUACAUUCAUAAUGUAAAGAUAUUUCUGAUUGAAAUAAUUGCGGAGAUGUAAUGUCACUGUGAAUAUGUCUGAAUGCUGUGAAAAGACAAACACUGAAAAUAAGUACAUGUUUAUUUUUUAUUCACAAAUAAAUUGAGU